UGGCUUCCAGAGCCUAGGGAGAGAGAGAGAGAGAGAGAGAGAAUCUGUGGGGGUGCCAGCGAUGAAGUUGAAGGAUCAAAGCUUUCUCUGAGGUCAAAGCUGGCACUUGCUUUACAAGUUUGUUCUCUCUUUCUCUCUCCCCUCACUCUUCCAUAGAUUUAAAACCCCACAAACCCUCUUAUCCCUCUCUCUCUCUGGUUCUCUCUCUCUCCCUCUCCGUCUCUCUGUAAUUGAGAGAGACGUUGAUGUUCAAUCGCUGUUGAACAGCAAUGGCGACGUCACCGACUGUGAGCGGCGGAGAAAAGAAGCACUGGUGGCUUACCAACAGAAAGGUUGUGGAUAAAUAUGUCAAGGACGCGAGAGGUCUCAUUGCGACUCGGGAACAGAGCGAGAUCACGUCGGCCGUCUGCCUUCUGGACGCGGCUCUGGCGCUCUCGCCUCGGCUAGAGAUCGCUCUCGAGCUCAAAGCGCGUGCGCUUCUCUAUCUCGGCCGGUUCAAGGACGUCGCCGAUAUGCUCCAAGACUACAUUCCCAGCCUGAAGAUGGCCUCGGACGACUCCACGUCUCUCUCUUCCGAUAACUCCUCCCAGCAGUUGUCCAAGGAGCGAGUCAAGCUUCUGUCCCCCGGCGAGUCGCCGGAGAACGAUCAUCCCUCUUUCAAGUGCUUCUCUGUCUCGGAUUUGAAAAAGAAGGUUAUGGCUAGUCUCUGUAAAAACUGCGACAAGGAAGGGCAAUGGAGGUACUUGGUUCUGGGCCAAGCAUGUUGCCACCUGGGCAUGAUGGAGGACGCCAUGCUCCUCCUCCAGACAGGAAAACGCCUGGCCACGGCCGCAUUCCGCCGCGAAAGCAUCUGCUGGUCUGACGACAGCUUCUCCUUCUCCCAACUCCCAAUCUCCGGAGAACUCGCCACCAUCCCCGACCAACCUCUGAGCCCUCCAAGGGCCGAGAGCGAGAGCAUCUCCCAGCUGCUCAGCCACAUCAAGCUCCUUCUUCGCCGCAAGACGGCGGCGAUUGCCGCCCUGGAUGCCGGCCUCUACUCUGAAGCCAUCCGGCACUUCUCUAAGAUAGUCGACGGCCGCCGUGGAGCCCCUCAGGGAUUCCUCGCCGAAUGUUACAUGUACCGAGCUUCAGCCUAUAGAUCCGCGGGUCGAAUCGCGGAGUCCAUCGCUGACUGUAAUCGGACCUUGGCUUUGAACCCGUCCUGUAUUGAGGCUUUGAGCACCCGAGCCUCUCUCUUCGAAACCAUCCGAUGCCUGCCGGACUCUCUUCACGAUCUCGAACACUUGAAGCUUCUAUACAAUUCAAUUUUACGCGAUCGGAGGCUGCCCGGACCUGCCUGGAGGCGGCAAAACGUGCGAUACCGAGAGAUUCCCGGGAAGCUCUGUGCUUUAACAACCAAGAUUCAAGAACUGAAACAGAGGGUUGCCUCAGGCGAAACAGGGAAUGUAGAUUACCAUGCGUUGAUUGGUCUGAGACGGGGCUGCUCUAGAUCCGAAUUGGAAAGGGCCCAUUUGUUGCUCCAGUUGCGGCACAAACCCGAUAAAUCUACUAGCUUCAUGGAAAGAUGCGAGUUUGCCGACGAACAUGAUGUGGAUUCAAUUAGGGAUAAAGCAAAAAUGUCCGCUUUGUUGCUUUACAGGUUGAUUCAGAAGGGAUACUCGAGUUUAAUGUCAACGAUAAUGGACGAAGAAGCGGCGGAGAAGCAGAGAAAGAAGGCUGCGGCUGAUUUACAAGCGGCGGCGGCGGCAAUGCAAGUUCAGCAAACUCAUGAUCAACCCAAAUCCAAAUCAGAAACAGAAACCUCAACCUCUAUACGGAUCGAAAACAAAACCCCCGCUUCAUCAGCCUCAGUGUUUCAAGGUGUGUUCUGUCGGGAUAUCGCAGCCGUUGGUAGUUUGCUUUCUCAAGUUGGGUUUAACCGUCCGAUUCCAGUCAAGUAUGAAGCAUUAAGCUGCUGAUGAUCUUAACGAUGAGAUUUCACCGGCUGUGGAAUCCGAUUCCCUGUUUGUAAAAAAAGAAGAUUUAUUCCCCAAUUCCAGUCGGGAAAAUUUUGCCAUCCAUUUUCACUCUUCUGUUCAUGUACAGAACUAUUUCGGUACUGCGAAUUUUCUUCUCAUGGGUUUCAACUCUCGAAGAUUUUGUCUCGUGAUUUAUUUUCGGUUUCUUAAUUACUUGCCAUAUCACCAUUUUCCGUAUGGAGAAUGCCGGGACUGGGGCGAAUUGAAUUUGGUUUUCCACAUAAAAAGAAGGGUGCGUAGGGUGGGUGGAUGCAUUUGUGAAUUGUGAUCCACAGAGAGAGGGAGAGAGAGAGAUGGUGGCCUGGCCUCACUUUUGGGCUUCUUUCUCAUGUCUUAUCUGUGUCGCCAUUACUGUUCCUUUGUCAGGCUUAUCCAUGGCAAAGCUGACAUUCCACAAGAUCCACU